UGGCAUUUAACAUUGUCAGACAAUAACACGUACUCUAGGAAUCCGUUGUUACGCUUAGCAUAAAGCGGUAGCACGGCUCUUCCUAGUCUUGGGGCCUAAUAACAGGCUUCCAAAAACUGUUUCUAUUUUCUUUUUAAAUUUUAAAAUCUAAUCGAAUGUGCGCCUGACCUUGUUGGUCAACAACGUUAGAGGCAUUAUGUUACGAAAGGUGCUUAUAGGAUGUUUGGCAUUAAUAGCCAUAGCAAGAGCCCAAGAAGAGGUUUCUGCUGAGAGAUCCCCCCGUGAAGAUGGUGUUGUAGCUGAUACUGGAUACCGAGCUAGAUCUUCUAAUGAUAAAGCUGGACCCGCCAUGACUGGUUACUACCAGGCUGGCGCUCCCGGACCUCGUGGACCCCCUGGACCACCCGGACAACCUGGACCACAAGGAUUCCAAGGUGUACGUGGUGAAAAUGGCGACCCUGGACAACAUGGAUCACCUGGACAACGAGGAUUCCCAGGACCUCCUGGACCUUCUGGUCAAGAUGGUGAUGAAGGUUUACCUGGAGAUAUGGGACCCCCUGGUGCUCUUGGACCUGCUGGACCACCCGGACGAUCCGGAAUCCCCGGAAUGCCUGGACCUAAAGGACAUCGUGGAUUCCCCGGACAGCCUGGUAAAAUCGGAGAAACUGGCAAAGAGGGAGAUAAGGGUGCUCCUGGACCCCCAGGACCUACCGGUGGACCCGGUUCUAUUGGUCCCCGUGGUGCAAACGGAGAACGUGGACGAGAUGGAAGCACUGGUGCCCCUGGUUUAAGAGGUACUGAUGGUCAACCCGGAAGUAGUGGAGCACCCGGACCUAUUGGUCCACCCGGAUCUGCUGGAUUCCCCGGAAGUAACGGAGCUAAGGGUGAUCGUGGAGGCGCAGGAGAACGAGGUCCUCCCGGAGCUACUGGUACACCCGGUAAUGAUGGAGCCUCUGGUGCACCUGGUGCCCCUGGACAAUCUGGUAUCAGAGGAGAAGAUGGUUCUCCUGGAGAU